GGAGCGCAGCGGUGGUAUUAGUGGUCCUCGUCCCGCUACAGCCCGCACUGCUCUAGUCUUCGUAUCGCGGACAUGGCGGGACCACAAGAGGCUCUGAGUGGGAGGCUGCGGCUCUCUUUCCCUCCUGGUCCCCGAACCAGCCUCUUACUCCUCCGAUUCAACGACUCAGCCUUGCGGGCGCUACAAGACUGUCAGAGAAUACAGGCCCAGCCUGUGAUCACCUUCCAAGGCAACCGAGGGUACUUGAGACUUCCCGGCCCUGGCUGUUCCUGCCUUUUCUCUUUCAUAGUGUCUCAAUGUGGAGCAGAUGGACCAAGAGGUGGGCUGGACCUUGUGCGCCACCGCUUGGGCAGAUCUGGACCAGGACUGCUUCAGUGCUUAGGUCCUCUUCGAGAGCGAAUUACCAUCUGCUCUGCUGUAGAUUCUGUACCAGUAUCUUCACUUCGGGGACAUCAACAGGGUGAAGGUGCCAGGGAAACAGGGAGCCAGCAGGGCAGUGGAUUGGAUACAAAACCUCAACCCCAGCUAGAAGAGGUGCUGGAUCCCCUAGACAACAAUCAAGAGGCCCAGCCAGGAUCCUCCAGAGAUCAUCGGGCACAGUGGGUACUGAGGGAUCAGAGUUUCCACCCCACAAAGGGGCCAGAUCAGAGAUCCUCUUCAUCUUCCAGCCAGAGGCACUUGAACAUAAAGAGACAUGCCAGGCCAGACAUACCAGAACCAGAGGACAAAAAGCCCAGAGGUUCAAGCUCCCCACAGGAGCUUCCCAGUCAUGAUCCACAAGAGGGAGAAUGGGAGAAAGAUGAAUGUGAUGUAGCUCACAGGAAGGAACACAGAUCCUCAGCACAAACAGGCCCACAAUCACUGCUUCCUGAAGAAACGCCAGACUACUUCCUGCAGUAUGGAGCCAUCCACAAUGCUGAACAAUGUCAUGUCUAUGAGAAAGAUUUUGAAGCAGAUUAUGCGGAAUACCGGGCCUUACAUGCACAUGUUGGGGCUGUCAGCCGGAGAUUCAUGCAGUUAGGAAUGGAGAUCAAGAGAGUACAACGAGGCACUCCUGAACACAAGGUGCUAGAAGAUAAGAUAGUCCAAGAAUACAGAAAAUUCAGGAAGCGGUGUCCAGGUUAUAAGGAAGAAAAACAGCGAUGUGAGUAUCUGCAUCAGAAGCUGUCACACAUCAAAAGCCUCAUUCUGGAGUUUGAGAAGAACAGAGACAGCUGAGGCUCGCCAAGAGGGCCCAAGUCCCUCGGGUGAGAUGCUGAUAAACAGGGUGGCUACAAACAAAUGAUUUAGGCAUCGAAGUCUACUACUGAUCUCACUGAUGAUGACUUGGGGAGGGGUGGGGUUGGAAGCAGGUGCUGCUACAAAUCCUCAAGGGGUUUGGUUUCUAUUGUUACUAUGAUAUUUACUCGAUGCUAUCCAGAUUAUGUUGGCAAAGUGCCAUUCCUUCCCAGCUAUACCCAAGAACAUCAUUUCUUCACCCAAGAAUACCCAAGGAUAUUCUGAUAUCCUUGAGAGGUGGAGAUGGAGACCACCUCUAAGAAAGGAUACUGAGGUGACUUAAUGGUAAAAACUAAUUUUGUGAUCCACCCUAAGAGACCAGAAUAAUAGCUGCUUGGGAGUUGUUUAUAAACUCAUUUCCCCUCAAGUGUACUGAGGGGCAGGGCUUGAAAACAGCCUAUGUGGAGAUAUUGGAAUGUUUAGUGAAUUUCUUUACAAACAUGGCUGCAAAACAAA